CUCACUAAUUGCGUUACCAAUUCCGCUAAACGCCGAAAGUCCCACCUCGUCACCACCCGCCGGCCCAUCCAUGCACAACCCACCGGCCUCCAUAAUUUUCCCUAUACCCAUAGACUCCAUUUCCCACCCAAUCCAUCGAUCGUUCCCCAUUCCCGCACCCGAAAAACAAUACAAAAGUAACAAAAAACAAAAACGAAACCCUCUCUCUAAAAACUCGGCAGUUUCCCAUGUCAAUACCAAACAAUCCCUUCCUUGACCCCUUCUCAGCAUCAUCAUCAUCAUCAUCGCUCCGGAUUAAACUUAACGACGUCGUUAGCAAACAUGCCUCCACCUCCGCCGUCUUCUCCUGCCUCCGCUACUAAGUCCUCCGCCUCCGCCUCCACUCCCGCUCCCACUCUCCCUCCGCUCUCCUCCGCUUCUUCCUCCGCCUCCUCUGCUUCCGACAUGUUCAACUUCAAUUAUCUCUGGAUUCCUCUUUUAAUCGCACUCUCCAAGGACCUCACUGCGGCGGCUUCAGCUAAUGAUAACCUCAUUUCGGAUGACUCGACGACGAGUAUUCUUUUACCCAGUGAGAAUCGGACCGUUAUUAACACGCCCCGACUCAGUCCAAGUUGUCCAGCUCCUGACCCUAAGCUGAACUAUCGUCCGGUCAUCGGAAUUCUUAGUCAUCCCGGAGAUGGAGCCUCAGGACGGCUUAAUAAUGCCACCAAUGCUUCUUACAUUGCCGCUUCUUACGUUAAGUUUGUGGAAUCCGCAGGGGCUAGAGUUAUUCCCCUCAUCUAUAACGAACCUCUUGAGGUUCUCGAAAUGAAACUCAGUCUAGUUAAUGGAGUGCUUUUCACUGGUGGCUGGGCUAAAAGUGGUCUCUACUUUGAUGUUGUAGGGACUGUGUUUAAGAGAGUUUUGGAGAAAAACGAUGCAGGAGACCAUUUUCCAUUGGUUGCUAUCUGCUUAGGUUUUGAACUUUUGACAAUGAUCAUCAGUAAGGACAGUGAUAUUCUUGAGCAAUUUAGUGCUGCCGAUCAAGCAUCUACGCUCCAAUUUGUGGGGAGCAUUAAUCUCGAAGGAACUGUAUUUCAGAGGUUUCCUCCAGAUUUGCUAAAGAAGCUCAGUACAGAUUGCCUUGUGAUGCAAAACCAUCAUUAUGGUAUAUCACCUGAGAGGUUUAGAAAGACUGCUGCUUUAUGUAACUUCUUCCAGAUUCUGACAACAAGCGCAGAUGAGAACGAUAAGGUUUAUGUUUCUACCGUCAAAGCAAAUGACUAUCCAGUCACAGCAUUUCAGUGGCACCCAGAGAAAAAUGCAUUUGAAUGGGGGUUAUCAAUGAUUCCACACUCGGAAGAUGCAAUUCAAGUGACUCAAUAUGUGGCCAAUUUUUUUGUGAGUGAGGCCAGGAAGUCCUUAAACAGGCCACCAGCUCGUAAAGUUCUUGACAACCUCAUCUACAAUUACACACCAACCUAUUGUGGUAAAGCCGGGAGAGGAUACGAUGAAGUCUACAUUUUCACUUGACUUUUGUUCAUGGCCUCGUCCAACAAAAGUCUUGAGGAGUUUGUGCACCAAGUGUAAAUGAUCAUGAACUAGAUAAUUUAAUGUAUAAAGGACACGCAUUAAAGUUUAUUGAAAUGGUGAACGGGCUUUUAAUUAAAUGGUUUAUUGAAAUGCACUCUUAAA